AUGGCCGAUGAGUUGCUAGUGAUAUUCCUUCUCGUUUCAUAUUUGUUCGUCUCAGGAGUAACCUCAAGAAACUUUACCAUAGAGAACAAAUGCGAUUACACUGUCUGGCCAGCAACCUUCAAUAGUCCUGGGAGCAUUAAUUCCCUCUCCACCACCGGCUUCACGCUGAGGAAAGGCGAGGCGCGUGUUAUCAACGCGCCGCUCUCAUGGACCGGUCGUUUCUGGGGUAGGACAUUCUGCUCCACCAACUCAACUGGAAGUUUCUCCUGCGCCACCGGAGACUGUGGUACCGGGAAAGUCGAGUGCUCCGCAGCCUCGGCCGGCAGUUCUUUUCCGGCAACUUUAGCCGAGUUUAGCCUCGACACUAUCGACUACUACGACGUAUCAGUCGUCAACGGUUACAACCUUCCCAUCUCAAUAGUCCCACAGGAAGACAAGACGUGCAACAGCACCGGGUGCGUUGUCGAUAUGAACGUGACGUGUCCAUUCGAGCUGAGGGUGACAGCCAGCAACACCAGCUUGAUCGCAUGCAUGAACGCAUGUCAGAAGCUGAAGUUGCCGGAGUAUUGCUGUACCGAUGAUUAUGCAUCACCGGACAAGUGCAAACCGUCGCUGUAUUCUCAGAACUUCAAGAGCGUGUGCCCACGCGCCUAUAGCUACGUCUACGACGAUACUAGCAGCACCUUCUCAUGCGCAAGUAAUAACUAUGCCAUCACCUUUUGCCCGUCGACUAUUCUCAGCACAACCAAUUCUUCAGUGGCUGAUUCUCCAUUUCCAGCUCAAACAAAAGAUGGAGGUCUUGGACCUCCCACAGGGUCUCAACCCACCAAUGAAGCUACUACAGAACAAAAAAAAAAAUUAUCAUGGAAGUUAAAACUCAUCAUGGGUACCCUAUCCCUCAAUCCAUUUGACAGUAAUCUCAUGCGCAUAGCAACACCAUUAUUUAAAAGAUUGUUCUCUUAUUACAGGAGUUUCAGCAGCUUUAGUUGUGAUGAUCAUUAUUAUAGUGGGAAUAAUAGUGAGGGCACGGAAUGCAAGAAAAAAUGA